UUCUUAACGCUAAUGUUAUCGAUUUUGAUGUGAAAACCACUCCACAACUUCACUAUGUUACUCGUUGUUAUAACACUCAAGGUACUGAAGAUGAUUAUGGUGUACCAUCGGAAGAUGGUUAUUACAAGAAACUUGCAACCGCUUUCCGUAAGAUUGUGGUUGGCAGGCCACGCCUUGCACCAUUUUAUGUUGACGCAGCAAAUGGUGUUGGAGCUCCAAAAAUCGAAAAACUCGCCCAGCAUAUUGGAAGUGACAUUAUAGAAAUAAUGUUGAUUAAUGAUGAUAUUACAACUCGAGGCAAAUUAAAUUAUAAGUGUGGUGCUGACUUUGUCAAAACGGAGCAAGGGCUCCCUGCUGGAUGUAGUAUUAAACAUGGGGAUCGUGCAGCUUCACUUGAUGGCGAUGCCGACCGUAUCGUAUUUUAUUACAUUGAUGAAGGUGCUAUUUAA